GGAGAAAGCGCCAGGGCCUGGGCUUCAGGGCCGGGGCGCGGCGCACGCAUGGCUUCCAAUGCUUACUUAGUGCGCCAGCGGUUCAGCCGGCUGAGUCAGAGGAUGUCCGCCUUCCAGAUCAACCUCAGCCCGCUCAAGGAGCCGCUCGGCUUCAUCAAGGUCCUGGAGUGGUUUGCUUCCAUCUUUGCUUUUGCCACCUGCGGUGGGUUUAAGGGCAAAACAGAAAUUCAAGUGAGUUGUCCAAAAGGUGACAAUGGGACGGUCACAGCUGCUUUCGGUUAUCCAUUCAGAUUGAAUCAGGCACCGUUCCGUUCACCCCCAAAUGUCAAUGUGUGUGCUGUGAAAUGGGAGGACCACGUCCUCAUAGGUGACUACUCCUCUUCCGCACAGUUCUAUGUCACGUUCGCCGUCUUUAUGUUCCUGUACUGCAUUGCGGCCCUUGUGCUCUAUGUCGGCUACACGAACCUCUACCGGGAUAGUCGCAAACUUCCCAUGAUUGACUUUAUUAUUACUCUUGUGGCCACUUUUUUGUGGUUGGUGAGUUCCUCAGCCUGGGCUAAAGCUCUUACAGAUAUUAAAAUAGCUACUGGACACAAUAUUAUUAAGGAACUUGAUCCUUGUCUGUCAAAAGCGACGUGUCAGUUUGGUUCCGUGACUAGUAUGGGAUCCCUAAAUGUAUCCGUGAUCUUUGGCUUUCUGAAUAUGAUACCUUGGGGAGGAAAUGCUUGGUUUGUAUACAAGGAGACCAGCUUACAUAGUCCAUCAAAUACAUCAGCUUCCCACAGCCAAGGAGGCAUCCCACCCCCUUCUGGAAUAUAAUUAAAUGGGGGAAAUAUACUGUAUAAAAUGUGUGCUAUACUAUGCCUUGUUGCCAACAUCUUGAGAAGCAUUAUUGUUUCUAAUAAAAAGUAAUGGCUUUUUCAGUAAAUUGGUGGGUUUAAAAUUUUGCUGCUUUUCUAUAUAAAACGUGCCUUUUCUAGAAAUGCAAGAUGUAAAUGCAUUUUAAAUGUAAGUUUGAACAUUCAGGAGCCUGUUUAUGAAAUGAUACUUAUUUUUAAGUGAACAAUAAUUUCACUAAGUUACCUUCUAAAGUGUUUACACCUUAAGCCUUAACAUAAACCUUCAUUCAGAAAAGUUAUGUCAUAUCAUAAUAUAGGAAGAAUGAGUUUGGAAUAUACACUACUGAUAGUUUGUACACAUCAUACCCCUAAGGCUUGGCUUGUUUAAGAAAACCUUGAUUGCAUAAACUGUAUUUAGGAAAAAAGAUUAGUAUAAAUUUUAUAUAUGAAUAUUGUUCAUGUUAAAAAUUUUUGAAUUGCAAAGAAUGGGUAUAUAUUUUGUUUCUGUUUUUCUAAAUGACCUGCUGUACUUAUUAGGUGUACUGAAAUUGUCUUAGGAGCAAGGACUUGAAAAUUCUAACAAAUAUGUAGAGUUAAAUUUGUGCUUCUGGUGGUUUCUUAGGCUUGCUAUGUUAGAAAGAGCAUGGUUCCCACUAUAUAUAUAUAUAUAUACAUUCUUAAUGAUAAUGGUUUGCUAUACUUGUUCACAAGAGAGAAAAAUCUACUUGUUUUCUUCAAGACCCUGUUAGAGGGUUACAAAAAAAUUAAGGUUGCCUUUCACUUUUGAAACAUUAAAAUUUAGUCAAUGAA